AUGUCAGCCUCAACGACGUCGUUUUUAUCGCCGACGCAGAGAUACGCAGCCGGAGCACUAUUCGGAAUCGCUGUCAACCAAGCACAGAUCCAUCAAACCCGUCCGCUUGGCUUGUCCUACGAUGAUUCGGUACAAGAGGAACGAACCAGUAGCAGCAGUAGUCAUAGUAAUUGCAGCAGUAGUGAUUCCGUCUCUGAAGACCCUGACCUUUGGGUCCACGAAAAUUCGGGCCUCCUCCGACCCGUAUUCAGGUUUUUAGAGAUUGAUUCAGUAGCGUGGCCUGGACUUCAAGAGACAGCUGGUGGUUCUCCUGCUAAGCAUCAUGUUGGAGCUUUCUUGAGGUUAUUAUCGGAAGAAAGCGGUGAUGCAUCUUCUUCUCAAAGUUUGGAGCAGGAAGUUGCUUUAUCGAAAGGUGUUGAUGUUAUGGAACAAACCAUGGGAGCUGAUCCUGUGUCUUCCCAAUCUAAGAAGGAAAAGCAUAAGGAGUAUGAGACUCAAUGUCGUGAAAAGUUAUCUACUGGCAGUGAGGUGAAAUCAACCUCUGAGGUCGCAAAUGAGCCAUUAAAACCUGCAAAGGAGAAGGAUGGCCAUUAUGCUGAUGUUAGUGAUACAAAUCAAGACUCUGGACUUAAAGUUGAUGAGAAGCCAAUUGAAGAGGAGAAAAUGCUUAGUUAUCAUAGGAAAGUGACAGUACUGUAUGAGCUUCUUUCAGCUUGUCUGGCUGAUAGACGUGAAGAGAAUAAAAAGUGCACCCGAAAAAGAAAUGGCUAUGAUGCUCGACAUCGUGCGGCUCUGAGAUUACUGGCAACUUGGCUUGAUAUUAAGUGGACAAAAAUGGAAGCCAUCGAGUUGAUGGUUGCUUGCUCUGCCAUGGCUGUAGCAAAAGAGGAAGCAUCCAAGGAAGAAGCCAAGUCAUCUAAAAGCAAAUGGGCUAAAUGGAAGCGUGGUGGUAUCAUUGGUGCGGCUGCAAUAACUGGAGGAACCUUACUGGCCAUUACUGGUGGAUUAGCUGCGCCUGCAAUUGCUGCAGGAUUUGGUGCUCUAGCUCCAACGUUGGGCACUAUUAUCCCUGUAAUUGGAGCUAGUGGAUUUGCAGCUGCUGCAAGUGCCGCAGGAACUAUUGCUGGGUCUGUUGCUGUUGCUGCAUCAUUUGGAGGUGAACAAUGGAUAACAUUGCCUCAGGUUCUAAAGGAACCUGCCCUAACUGCUGGAGCUGGACUAGCAGGGACCAAAAUGGCUAGGAGAACUGGAAGUGUUGAUGAAUUUGAAUUCAAACCUAUAGGAGAAAACCAUAACCAAGGCCGACUAGCUGUUGGGAUUGUGGUCUCAGGAUGUGUCUUUGACGAGGAAGAUUUUAUAAAGCCUUGGGAAGGACGAAAUGACAACUUGGAGAGGUAA